AUGGAGACCGGCGAGCUGAGCAGCAUGGAGACCAUGGAGACCCUCACGGAGCUUGGCGACGAGCUCACCCUGGGCGACAUCGACGAGAUGCUGCAGUUUGUCAGCAACCAGGUUGGAGAUUUCCCGGAUCUGUUUUCCGAACAGUUGUGUGGCACCCUCCAGAACAACAGUGCAUGUAAUGGGAAUGGAGUGGCAGAUCUCUCAUCACAGAGGACCUUCAGCCAGGGACAGCUUCAGUCUUUCCUGCCGAAUGCAGCGUCUCCCCAGCUUCAGGCUGUGCAGAUGAAGGUGUCCCAGUCGACUGUUGCAACGCCUGCCCCACAGCGGGCUGCACCCCCUCUUCAGCCUCGUCCUCAGGUUCAGCCUCGGCUUCAGCAACAGACUGUGAUGAUUACUCCAACUUUCAGCUCUGCUCCUCAGACACGGUUCAUCCAGCAGCCUGUAAUUUAUCAAAAUGCAGCCACAAGUUUCCAAGUGCUGCAGCCUCAAGUACAAAGCUUGGUGACUUCCUCUCAAGUUCAGCCAGUCACCAUCCAGCAGCAGGUGCAAACGGUGCAAGCCCAGAGGGUCCUCACACAGGCUGCCAAUGGAACCAUCCAGACACUAACCCCAGCCACAGUCCAGACGGUAGCUGCCCCUCAAGUCCAGCAGGUUCCAGUCCUUGUCCAGCCACAGAUCAUCAAAACAGACUCACUGGUUUUAACAACAUUGAAAGCUGAUGGCAGUCCUGUAAUGACUGCUGUUCAGAAUCCAGCCAUCACAACAUUGACUACCCCUAUUCAGACAACAGCCCUGCAGACCUUAGUUGGUAGCAAUGGGACCAUCUUGACCACAAUGCCCAUGAUGAUGGGAGGGCAAGAGAAGAUGCCCAUCAAGCAGGUGCCUGGUGGUGCCAAGCAACCAGAACCACCAAAGGAAGGAGAGAGACGAACAACCCAUAACAUUAUUGAGAAGCGAUAUCGAUCAUCCAUAAAUGACAAGAUUAUUGAACUGAAGGAUCUAGUGAUGGGAACAGAUGCCAAGAUGCACAAAUCUGGGGUGCUGAGAAAGGCCAUCGACUACAUUAAAUACCUACAACAAGUCAACCACAAGCUGCGACAGGAGAACAUGGUCCUGAAACUGGCUAACCAGAAAAACAAGCUGUUGAAGGGCUUUGACCUAAGCAGUCUGGUGGAUAAUGAUGUGGACCUGAAGAUGGAUGACUUCAACCAAAAUGCUCUUCUGAUGUCCCCUCCGGCUUCUGAUUCAGGGUCACAAGCAGGAUUUUCUCCUUAUUCAAUUGAUUCAGAACCAGGAAGCCCAUUGCUGGAUGAUGCAAAGGUUAAAGAUGAACCAGACUCUCCACCUGUUGCCCUUGGUAUGGUUGACCGUUCACGGAUGCUACUUUGUGCUCUCACAUUCCUCUGCCUGUCCUUCAAUCCUCUGACAUCUCUCCUAGAAGGCCAAAGGACAGCCGACUCUGACAGUCCUGUACAUCACGGCUCUGGGAGGAGCAUGUUAACAAUAGGUUCAGGUUCUGGCGGCUGGUUUGGCUGGAUGAUGCCUACUCUGAUUCUGUGGUUUGUGAAUGGUGUUAUUGUGCUAAGCGUAUUCAUAAAACUGCUAGUGCACGGAGAGCCAGUGACCCGGCUGCACUCCCGUUCCUCUGUGACCUUUUGGAGACAUCGGAAACAAGCAGACUUAGACUUGGCCAAGGGAGACUUUGCUGCAGCUGCAUCAAAUCUGCAGAUAUGCCUGUCUGCCCUGGGUCGAGCACUGCCUGCCUCCCGUUUGGACCUGGCCUGUGGCCUGUCUUGGAACGUGAUCCGCUACAGCCUCCAAAAGCUGGGAUUGGUGCGGUGGCUGCUGAAAAGGACAUCACGGCAGAGGCGAACAACGGAGGCUCCUGUGGGUUUUGAGGAUGAAGCCAAAACGAGUGCUCGUGACGCAGCUCUAGCGUAUCACAAGCUCCAUCAGCUCCAUAUCACAGGUAAGCUUCCAUCCAGCUCAGCCUACUCAGGAUUGCACAUGGCACUGUGUGCUGUUAAUCUGGCUGAAUGUGCUGAGGAGAAGAUUCCACCAAGCACACUGGCAGAGAUUCACCUGACUGCUGCGGUUGGCCUGAAGACCCGCUGUGGUGGCAAGCUGGGCUUCUUGGCGAGUUAUUUCCUAAGUCAGGCUCAGAGCUUGUGCAGUUCUGAGCGCAGUGCCAUCCCUGACUCCCUCCGCUGGCUGUGUCAUCCAUUGGGACAAAAGUUUUUUGUGGAGCGGAGCUGGACAGUGAAAGCAGCUGCCAAGGAGAGUCUGUAUUGUGCACAGAGGAAUUCAGCUGACCCCAUUGCACAGGUGCACCAAGCAUUCUGCGAGAACCUGCUGGAGAGAGCUGUUGAAUCCCUUGUGAAGCCUCCUGUCCCCAAAGGGGCUGCAGGCCAAGAUGAUGAAGAACCCUGUGAAUUUGCUAAUGCUUUGGAAUACCUAAAGUUACUUGGCUCCUUCAUGGACUCUUUGGGAAGUGGUACACCGCCUUUCACAGGAAAUUCUGUAUUGAGGUCUGCCCUGGGGCCUGAUGUGGUCUGCAGGUGGUGGUCAUUGGCUAUCACUAUGACAGUCAGCUGGCUCAGGGGUGAUGAUGCCGCUGUGAGAUCACAGUUCACCAACGUGGAGCGCAUUCCUAAAUGUCUGGAGAUGACUGAGAGUGCCCUUGUGAAAGCUGUCUUCCAUGUGUGCAAAGCCAUGAAUGCUUCCUUGUCAAGUAAGGCAGAUGGGCAGCAGAGCUCCUUUGGUCACUGUGAAAGAGCCAGCACUCAUCUUUGGAACAGCCUUAACAUGAGCAGUGGAGUCUCAAGCACAGGUCUCAACAAUAUGAUCCAGCUGCUGGCCUGUGACCUUCUGCUGUCUCUUCGCACCACUCUGUGGCAGAAACAGAUGAACACCAGCCAGGCUGUGGGAGAGACCUACCAUGCUUCUGCUUCUGAGCUUACUGGAUUCCAGCGUGAUCUUGGCAGCCUACGAAAACUGGCCCAUAGUUUUAGACCUGCUUAUCGAAAGGUGUUCCUCCAUGAGGCCACUGUGCGCUUGAUGGCAGGGGCCAGCCCCACACGCACUCAUCAACUGCUGGAGCAUAGUCUCAGGCGUCGGACCCCCCAGAGCAGCAAGCAAGGUGAAUUGGAUGCGCUUCCCGGUCAGAGAGAGCGAGCGACGGCCAUCCUCUUGGCCUGUCGCCACCUGCCCCUCUCAUUUCUGUCAUCCCCAGGCCAGCGAGCUGUUCUGCUGGCGGAGGCAGCCCGCACUCUGGAGAAGGUUGGGGACAAGCGCUCCUGCAAUGACUGUCAGCAGAUGAUUGUGAAGCUGAGUGGGGGAACAGCCAUUGCUGCCUCUUAACCCGGGCAGAAAGAGGGGCACAUGGCAGCUUCCCAUGGAACUGGAUUCCUGCCCCUUUAUACCCUCCUCCCUUCGUUUUUGAACACUGUUCUAGGUUAGGACCAUGGAAAUUUCAUUAUGCUAGACGCGGUAGG